AUGACUCGCAAAAGAAAAAGUGUAAGCGUUGUAGAGAACUGUUACUUGGGUCGUGGUCCCAAUGUACCCGUUAAUGCAGUUGGUAGUAAUUGGAGCAGUGAAUACCUGGAGAAUUUUAAUCAACGAUGUGGACAUAUUGGAUAUAUUGAGAAAUGGAAAAAAGAGAAUUUGGACCAACGAUUUAGUACUGCAGAGAUAGAUUAUCGUAAAGAGCACGAACUAGCUGUAGAUAAGGAAAGUUUUGAACACAACAUAGAAUAUCCUUCAGAACUUGUUGAAUAUAUGAAACAAGUCGUUUGCAUUAUCAGGGCUGAUCCCUCUCUCUCAGGUGAUUUACAAAGAAAGUGUUUGGAGGAAUGCCAGGGUUCUGAAAUCUCUUUGUGUAGAUACAGUACGCCUUGCUUCUUAAUUGACGAAAUCUUCAACGGCUCUCGCGAUGCUGCAAGACAGUGGAUGUUUAAGAUUAUGAAAUCGGGAAAAGAUGCUUCGUUGAAGCUGCUUUACAUGCCUUGGUCUUGUCGCACUUUGGAAACUUUACUUUCUUCUCUGUCAAACGCUCUAGAUACUCAGAUCAUUGAUCAUUGGGUGGAUCUGGUUGUAGAAAAUUGGGUUCAGUUAAUAUCUGAUAGAAGUGCCAUUCAUUUUAUUCGCACCCUUACAUAUCACCUCGUUGGUCUUAAAAAGAAGAGAUCUCAAAAGACAUCUUUAACGAAGGAUGUUCUGUAUAAAGAAGUGGAGAUUAGUCAAGCAGCUAAAGAAACAUUUGGAAAAAUUGCAAGUGUGGCCCUGGACUACGCAUCAGUGAACGCUAUGUUGGAAAAUGAAUCAGUUUCUUUGGUUCUGCAAGAUGUGGUCGAAUGUGAAUCUGUUUCUCAAACUAGCUAUCUUCGACGAUUUAUUGAAGCAGCUUGUAGGCAUCCUGAUUCCAUUUUAAAACAGUGGAAGGGGAAGCAAGCUUCUCAUUUGUGGGAUAUUAUAGUGCAGAAGGCUGAUGAGGAUCUCCGUCAAAGUUUAUAUUACUCCGUUCUAGAAGGCAGGUUAUUCGAGCUCUCUUUACACAUGUUCGCCAAUUUCCCUGUACAAAAAUAUAUCUUAUCGGUAAAAUCAAAUGGAUUGAUCAUGAACAUUUUUGGCGAACUUAUGGACCAUUUCAUAGAUAUUUGCGCUGAAUCUAAGUGGAGAAUUAUUAUUGCACUGGUUCAAUUGGCUCGCAAUAGAAAUGAGCUGAUUAUUGUUAAAAAGCUGAGAAAUUAUUUCAGAUGCUGCUCCAAAUCUGCAAGAUUAGCAUUUGUACCCUGUGUAUUCACUCUUACUUGCCGGACUUCUGCACAAUGGAUUUCUGAUAUUGCGAAAGGUCAGUUACACGGAUCCAUUAUCCUUCAAGAACUUGUAAAUUAUGAGCACAAUAAAACGGUGGUUACGUCAAUGAAAUCGUUAGCAGAUGCGACAAUUCUCGAAAUGGCCCGAGAUAAGAAAGGCAGUUUCUUCCUACAAACUCUGUUUAAAUCCUCUACUGUUUCGGGAACUGACAAAGAAUUGAUUGCCAAACCUCUGAAAUUGAAAUGGCAUGAAGUGAUUACUAAUAAUGUUUCAAGUCAUGUAUUUGAUGUUCUAUGGACAAAUGAUGUUUAUAAUAUCACUGAAAAAGAAGAAUUAAUGGACGCUCUGUCUAAAGCAAUGAUUGGGGAUCAUUGCAAAACGUUGCGUCUCAUGUGUAUGAAGCUAAAUUUGCGAAAAUUUAGAGAAAAUCGGAAAAAAUGGCUGAAAGAUGCGAAGAUAAGAUUGUGA